GCCUCGUCUCGAUCUUGGAGCAAAACGUGUUCAACUUCGACAACUCAGAACCAACAAAGGAACACGACCAUUUCGGCUUGAUAUACGCCAUAAUGGCGAUCCCAUGGGACUCUCUCCGGUCUCUCCUCAUAUUCUUUGGCCCUAUACUUUUACCAAAGGCCAUAUCAUACUAUAGAUCCGUCAAAGCCUCUUCGCAAGCCCGACAUGCGCCUAUAGUUCCCGUACCGCCCAAAGUCCGCGUUGCGCUCGCCCUCCUCGCCUUCUUAAUCAUCAGCUACAUCCUCAAGACAUUACCACCGUUCGCACCCGAGAACGUGUUCCUUGCGACCCAGAGUCGCCUGCAGAUCCCAGUCGAUGUUCUUUUCAACCGUGUUGCAGUCGGAAGACCUGACAAUGUUCUUACGAAGCAAGACGAAGCGCUGAGGGGCAGAUUUGUCAACUUGGAGAGUCGGCUGCUAUAUUUGCAAUUUGGGCCUGAAGUGCUCGCGAACUGCCCGUUCUGCACUUCGGAAGAGCCAAAGACAUUCUUCUAUUAUGCUCUACCACAACUACUGUGGCCUCAUAUCGCGAACCUCUUCGCCAUUGCUUUCGUUACGAGUCCGACUUUCACAGGGCGAGCUGGUUCCCAAUGGCGACCAAAGGCUACAAUGGCUGCUAUGACUAUUGCCGCUCUCGAUAUCUACUUUGUCAACUCUUAUAACUAUCAAGCCAACGCACGUGCUCUGCGUCUGUCAGAAGUUGACUUCUUUUACUGGACUGCUAGAGUUGCGCGCCUCGUCACCCUCGCAGCUUUCGAUGCAGCUCUGGGCUGGCUUCUAUAUCUAUCUGCUACAAACCGCGCCUUCGUCGAGCCUCCAUCGCCCGUGGAGCGCAUCGAGGCAACUUCCCGUGCUCUCCUUAUCGUGAAGAGCAAGCUUAGUGCUCUCGGCAUUGUCAAGAACACUGCGCUGCGCGAUGAAGAUCUUCGAUCACGAAGCCAUGCCUACUGGAGCCACGAAGUGCGCCUCAUGGGCGAGGUCAUGGAGGAAAGGGAGGUUGUAGAGGGAGUCAACGAUGCAUUGACUAAUCGCAUUGAUGUGGCGACCAUAACGAGGGACGCUGAAGGAUAUGCACAAAAUGUAUUGCACUCCUUGCGUGGAGAAACGGCAGACGACGAUAGUAUCUAA